AUGAAUUAAUAUCAAAAAACAAUUUAAUGUUACGACUUAUCUAUAUUGAUUAAUCCAAAAUAUGACUCAGCUUUUAAUGGCAAAGGUAAUAACUUGUUAAAUAUAAAUACUUAGGCAAUGCAAUAAGAAAUUUUAAUCAAUUUCAAAAAGCAAUUCAAUGCUAUUACAAAGCUAUUUCUAUUAAUUAAAAAAAUGAUUCUACAUGGUUUGGUAAGGGUAAUAAAAUCUUAAAUGGUAAUAUUUAGGGUUAGUAUUAUAUAAAUUGAAAUAAUAUGAGGAAGCAAUAUAAUGUUACAAUGAAGCAAUUACUAUUAAUCCUUAAUAUGAUACUGCUUGGAAUAACAAAGGUAAUUAAUUGUUUAAUAUUAUUAUUUAGGAUUGGCAUUAUAUAAAUUAAAUCAAUAUCAAGAAGCAAUUAUAUGUUACAAUGCAGCAAUUUCUCUUUACCCUAAUUAUUCUCCUGCAUACUAUAACAAGGGUAAAUAACUAUUAAAUAUUAAUAAUUCAGGAAAUGUGUUAAAAAAUUUGAAAAAAUACCAAGAAGAAUUGAAUGUUAUAAUUUUGCAAUUACUAUUAACCCUAAAAGGAUUUAACAUUUGAAAAUUAAGGUAAAUAUUUAUUUUUAGGUUUAACCCUACAACACACAUUAUAAAAAU